CUUCCCGCAGCCCCGUGUCCGCGCCGCGCCGCGCCGCGCAUGGACGUGGCGGACACCCGCGCCCCCUUCUCCCGCCGCGACCGGCUCGCGCGGCCCGGCGUGGCGGUGAUUUCCACCUUGCCCACCUAACGAGACCCUCAUCACAACCUAAACUGCAUAAAAAAUUCAAAGGGAAAAUCUUCCUGAGGUUUGGAAACACUUACAAGCAUCCAGGGCCGGGCUGGGGGGCGCAGAAAAACCGCCCCCUGUUACUAGCCAGCGACGGAGUGGGAGGGCCAAGAGGGAAAGGACUGCUGUGGUUUGGGGGAGUUUGCUUCUCGUGAAAAACCCCACCGAGUUGCGGGCAGUUCACGGGCACAUAAAGGGAAGAGCACGCCGCACUUGAUGGCCCACGGUGGGCAGGUGUGAAGAAUCUGUCACUGAUCCCUGCCUUCUGCGGACUGGCCUCCCUGAUUAUUUGCGUUUUUAGAUCACCAUCUUCCAAUUUACGUCAAGUGCAACGUUGUCUUCAGCAAAGUACGAGCCUCCGGGUUUAAGUUCCCACUUGGAAAGAGCCGUACCAGAAAGAAGCCAGCAUGUUCCUAAAUAAAUGUGAGGGGGAGCUGAGUGAGCUGAGGAAGAGCGUGGACAGUGAGGGCACCACACCAGACAACACUGAAGAAGAGCAGCCCAAGAAAAAACACCGGAGGAACCGCACAACCUUCACGACGUACCAGCUGCAUGAGCUGGAGAGGGCCUUCGAGAAAUCCCACUACCCCGACGUCUACAGCCGGGAGGAGCUGGCCAUGAAGGUCAAUCUUCCAGAGGUCAGAGUGCAGGUGUGGUUUCAGAACAGAAGAGCCAAGUGGAGACGGCAGGAGAAAAUGGAAGCAAGUUCAAUGAAACUCCAUGACACCCCCAUGCUGUCCUUCAAUAGGCCCCCCAUGACCGCCAACGUUGGGCCUAUGAGCAACUCCUUACCUCUGGACCCCUGGCUGACUUCCCCUAUCUCUAGCGCUACCACGGUGCACAGCAUUCCAGGUUUCAUGGGACCUACCCAAGCCCUGCAGCCCGCCUACACUGGCCACUCCUUCCUCAACAGCCCACCACCAAUGUCUCAGACCAUGCAGCCCAUGGCACCCACCUCUUACCAGUGUGCCACCACCUUUGUGGACAAGUACCCUUUGGAAGACGUCGACCAGAGAAGCUCCAGCAUUGCAUCAUUACGGAUGAAAGCCAAGGAGCAUAUUCAGACCAUUGACAAAACCUGGCAGCCUAUUUGAUAAAUGGUCACUUCCCUUCUUCCCUGCAACUCUCCAAUCUCCUACGCCUGUCACUUUGGCUGGUCUCCAUUUUGGGUUGCACUGAAUAGAUGUUGGACACUGUGAGGCCCCAGCUGAGGAGAAGUGGGGGAAAUUGCUAGGACCCUACUAUGCAGCAGCUUGCCCAGCUGCUAACACACCUUCAAUGCCAUAGCUCAGUGCUGGGGGCAGACCCCUCCUCUCUGCCCUGCCCCAUGUUUAGGAGCCUCCUCUGGCUGAGUCAGUUGGGGUCACGAACAAAGAAGCAACCAUGGAGUCUAGGAAAAGGCCAAGACACCCAAGACCUGCACAAGAGAGAGGAGAAUUCAAGAGCAGCUACUGUGACUAUCACCUCCACAAAGCCAAGUGGACAGCACCAUGCCUGUUUGAGCUUGCAUUUUCUUUGUAGCUGCAGAGGACCCGUUCUUUGGCUGGAGCCACGACAAUUUACAAUAGCUGAGGACCUGAUCCAGAGCUUCCCUUCCCCUAGCACUUGCACCAGAACAAUUCUCCCAGGCUGCUAAUUGCCUAGUGAGAGGUGUGAGAACAGGAUUGGGCUCCAUGCAGGGGUGACAUUUGCUGGCCUUCCCAUCUGGGAGGUCCUGUGUCUCCAGAGCCCUGCCUUUCAGGGAGCCUUGGCUUCUCGCAUCAGCAAGUGGAACAAGCAGCCCUCUGUACCAAUGACUGGCAAUAGAAAUCUGCCAGGCCCCCACAGGGACUCUUGAACUCACACAAAUUGGUGAGUCCCUGGGAAUUAAACCAAGAGAUCUCUGGCAGCCUGUUGUACUCUCCCUGGACUGGAUAGACUGUGUUUUCCCUUCCCGGAUAGCUGUUCCUCAGCCCCUUUGUCUUUACGCUUACUCAUUUUUUAUAUGUUGCAGAUUUUAAAAAGAUCAAAAUGAAAUGAUCUAGUUUCCUAGAGAACAACUUUUGUUGGGGUUUUUUUACCCGUGUCAGAGAAUGAUGGUGGCUUUAUUGAGAAAUGCAAUGAAAGAUGGGUCUGUUCUGAGUCACAAGAUAACUUCUCCAAAAAAAAAAAGCACCUGUUGGGCGCAGGACCUUCCAGCGCACUCUUUUUACUGCUAAUACAGCAAUAGUAGAUGGUUUGUUAGUAAUAAUUUAAUAAGCAUAUUUUGUCUCAAAGUUCCUCGGUGCUCCUUACAGGCUGUGCUUAAUGUAGGAAUUGCUCAAUUUAACCGAUGACUAAAAUACAGAGCUCUGGUGUGGAGAACGGUCUGACAGCAGCACUACAGCAUGUUUUAAGGGAGGCAAGAGACUAAGAUUAGAGAGACAGGAUAUAUUUGCCUGAGUUGGAGUCUGCCCAGAGUGCUGGAUCUACUUUCAUUAUUCUUUUGAGAAAUAACACCUGUUUUGUUGUGGGAACUUGUUUUACUGAAGAGUGCUCCAGGUCUGUGCUCUGAAUUACAGAAAUGGGAAGACAAAGCAGUUUUGCUGGGUCUUGUCCGUAUUUUCCUAUAGGAACUUUUGCAGCGUUCCUGAACUGAAGUGUCCCUGCCCCGCACUAGCAUAAAGAAGGUGGAGUGAGUGGGGCACUUGUCUUGGCACUGAUUCACGGGUGGCAGUAGCAGCUCAUGCAGGGGCAGCAGCAGUCCAUGUAAGACUGUGGGGCUUGGCACUUGCCUCCCCACCUCCCAGGGUACCAGAGGUCCUAGUUACGUCUCUGCUGCCCCCACCCAUUCCCUUUGGAGACCGUUUCCACUGGGGCAGUUUUCCCUAAUAUUCACCUUGAUUCUUACCAAAUAUCGGUCCGUUUAUGUCUUGUAGCUGGUUCCUUCUCAUGACAUAUUGCUGGGCUCCAGGGGCCCCUGCUCCACUCUCCUCCCAGAUAGCAGUACCCAAAUGAACUGUUCCCCAGGUGACGUUGCUGGAUACCGAUGAUGUGGUUUAUGGUAGUGCCCAAUCUGAUCCUGGCUCCAUGGUACUGGGUGCUGUACAGGUACAUGACAAGGAAAUGGGCCCUGCUCUAAGGAUCUCACAAUGCAAGUAGGUAGAAAUUGGAGGAAGAAGGAUGGAGUGGCCUCUUCAGAGUCAUACAGGAAAUCUCUAGGAAAAACAGGAGGUAAACUCACAUAUUCUGAAUCUCUGGUCAGUGCCUUCACCACCAGGUGACCCUUGGUUCUGCUUAUGAGCCUCCUGUGAGUCUGUGAGAGCGUAGGACUUAAUCCAGGGUCAUGCACAAAUAGUACAGGUGUCCUGGGACUUUAGGGAGAAUGGUCUCCUUCAUUAGUUUUGCCCCCUCCUGCUUGGUGCUUUAGGCCCAAACCUUGGCAGGUUUUGAGUAGCCUUAGGUUCAGAGGCAGUUAGAUGCCUUAAAUUCCUUCGAGGAGUUGGCCUUAAUACCUAGCCUGGCUGCAAUUAGAGCGCCUGGCUGCUGAAAUGGCUAGGCCACCCCCGGGACUUAGCUAACCAACUGGAGUGGGUGCUCUGUCCCCCCAGCCUGUGGUCUGCUCCCAUCACUCCUUUUGUCUCACUCAGUUUGCAUUUUGCCCCUUAGACAGCACACGUCUCACAGGGCCAGUGAGCAGUGUCCCACGAGCCGGCUGCCUGCUGGGGAUGAAGGCUGCCAUACAGGUGUCCUGACCACUGUCCUGCUGUGCUCAUCAAUGGCAAAGCAACAAGGGGCUGGACAGCCCACCAGGCAGAGACCUCAGCCCCACGCAUGUCUCAGGAGGGGAAGGAGCGAGCUGCAAGUCAGCAGGGACUGUUCUGCAAGGAGUAGGGGGUGGGGGACACUGUAGCCUGCGGACAGGGAGCCAUAAGGACAGGGAUGGGCUCAGGGUUUGCUCGUGCCCCCGAUGUGCUGAUCUCUGCCGCUCUCAGUCCCCUCUUCUUCAUGCUUCUCAGUUCUGCCUCUCUCCAUCUGAUCUCUUUCUCAUUCACGUCUCCUCGUUUUUUGCCUUGCUCUUCCUCGUGCUCUUUCAACCCCACUCUUUGCUCCAAAGUCUUUCUUCCUUUCUUUCCUGCACCCCUUCUCCACCUCUGCCUAUUGUGUGUCAGGACUAAUUCCAUAUUCCGUGCAUGGGUGACCUGACACAAGUUUCCAGUGAAAGUCUCUCCCAGGCCCUGGGCUGGGAGCUGGUAUUGUUAUAUUUUUAACAGGCAGUGUCAUGUCCCUUUUGCUUGUCAAGGGGAAUCUGGUCUCCAAUCACUCUGGAGCGGUGCGGGGGGCUCCGCCUGGGGGCUGUGCCUUUCCUAAUUGCUCUCAAGCAGUGACUGCAAGGCCACAUGUUGGACACACAAAGCUGCAGUAAUUACAUAGUUGAGAAUGUGAAUUUCAAAGGAACACAGAUGGAGCUGCAAGGAACGGCAGCCGCCUUCCCAGAGCUCCACAAUUGGGGCCAGGGAGGAGGAGGAGGAGGGUGCCCAGCGGUCUGGGCUGGCCGCAGGAGGCUGGGUGAGGGCCAUCCCCAUUGUUUCCCUGCCAGGUUGGUGUGAUCUGAGGCGUAUUUUCCAGAUCAUUUAUGAUUUCCAAGGGCUCUACCCCCCUGCCACAUGGCAGCUGAGUAGGAGCAGGGUGGGGAGUGAAGUAGCAACAGCAGAUGCUGCACAGAGCAGACAGGAAGACCCCUAAGGCUGCUAACAGUCUUCCAAGGAGGCCUUGCCUUGCCACCCUGCCUCCCUCUGGCACAGACCCAGCAUUCCCAGAUGAAGGGCUGGCUCCAUCUCCGUGUAGAUGCUCAGUCCAAGGCGGGUUGUAGUCUUGAGGAGCCUUUCCCCCUCAACCCCACAGGGUCCGGCUGCUACAGAGGUCCCACCUCCUCCAGGGGUGUUGGGAUGGAGUCUUACAAAUGCUAAUCCCAGUGCCUAGAAACCUCACCCAUGGGGACUGAGCUAGGGAGAGCCCCAGGGUCGAUCUACAACCAGCAGCCCCAGGACAGAAGCAUCUCUGUAUUCAAGAGAGCCGAGCCCUGUCUCCUCCCUGCCAUGAAGAUGGUAUGAGCAAUAGGGCUGACCCAGGCUAACGCUUAUACAGGCAACAGCUGCCUCAAUGGAGCUGCAGAGAGGGCAAAAUAACAGGCCACUCUCCCCUGUGCCUGUCACAUAGGGUGGCAAGACAGACGUGUAGUGUAGGGGGUAAGGCCAGGAGCAGCCUGUCAAAGCAUGUUACCUAGAGCUGCCAGCAUGGCACAGCUCCCCUCUGUCCCAUCAUGGGAGAAAGGCAGAGUCAGACCCUUUUCAGAUAGAUAGCGCUGGACCUAGGGCCACCAUUUGGAGUCUGCUGGACCCUGACAUAGGCCAUUAACACCCCUGCUCCCAAGUGCCCUUUUCAGCCAUUUCCCCAUCUCAUUUCUCCGCAUGGUCUCUGCUUCUCCAGACUGCGUAUUUACUAUUUGCAUGUGUUACACGAGCGCCCAGAAGUCCCAAGUAGCAUUAGGCUGCAAAGCCAGAUGUGUCAGUCAAGUGCAGACCUCCGACCGAGAGGAUCCUAAGCUGUGUGAAUAACUGAUGGGCAUAGGGAGGAGGUUGCUGACUGAAUUGCAAAAAUGUGAU